GUUUACAUUUGGACAAAUGCCGAUUGUCAAGAAAACAACUGAUUCUUAUUUGCAAACGACACGUAUAUGUACAUCAUACAAAUUUAAUUAUUUAAAUAACAAAUGUCUUGUGAAAUUAUUAGUCGUAAACAAUUAAACAUACAAUCAACAUGAAGUCUCUCUUUCUUAAAAUAGUAUUAAUAUUCGCAGUGUUGGGAUCAUUGGGUGCAAAUAAAUCAGAUAAUAAUACGUUUGUUGCAACGAAAGAAUGGCAAGAAAUAAAAGAAGGUCAAAAAAUACCACCCGGUCUCCAUGUGCGUAUAAAUUUAACAACAUUGAAAAAAGAAGCAAAGCUACUUGAAAAUAAUGACAGUGAGGAAUCCAAUAAAAGUGAAAACCAUGCACUCUCUGCUUUACCAGAAGAAGCUAUUUCUACCUCUUCACCAUCCGACGCCAAAUCACCCACAAAAUCAAAAACCAAACAUUUACUUUCUGACGCAUUAAAGAGAGCACCAAGAGAUGCUUUGGCUGUGGAACACUCGCCGCAAGCUUUUCAAAAAAUAAAAAAAGAUUAUAAAAUGAUUAAAGAAACCUAUGAUGAAAUGCGUAAACACUUUAAAACUGAUGCUGAAAUAAUUACGAAAAUUGUGCAGAAUGUUGUGAACGUAACUACUCAGGAUUCAUAUGUAAUGGAACCAGAACAUAAAAUAAAAUGGAAAAUGGAUGCACUUAACAAUUUGUAUCAUAUGGUUGACCAAAUUGACAAUGGUGUGCUAUUCGUUCAAAUAGGGGGUUUAGAGAAGGUUUUGCUUCCGAUCAUUGUAAAUGAAACUGAUACGACACUACGUGUGCAGGCUUUACGUGUUUUAGGAACUUUGACACAAAACAAUCCAAAGACUAAGAUUGCUGCGUUUGAAAAUAAUGUUGGCGAGCAUUUAUCACGUAUAUUAAUGACUAGCAAUGAUGCUGACGAACUAUCUGCAGGUGUAUUUGCAUUUGGCACUUUUAUACGACGAUUUCCAAUUGCACAAGAACGUAUUCUCUCCACUUCUGGCAGUCAAGCUUUAAUAGAUGUGUUGAAAAAGGAGUGUGAGCUUAAAAUUAAAGCUAAAGUUGUAACUAUAAUAAGUGAUCUCGUCGUUGAACGACGCUUACUAACAGAGUUAUCUACAGAAAAUUAUACUGAAUCAAAGCUAUUUGGUUGGCUUAGCGCCAAUUCAUUUUGUGAGACCAUAGAAACAUUAAUACCGAGUAAUAUAUUAGAACUGUUGGAGCAAUCUGAUAUUAUGGAAGAUUUUGUAGAAGUGAUGGAAAAUACCUAUACAUUGUGUAAUCCGCAAUGGCCACGUAACUCGAGGUUAUUUCACACCCUUACCACAUUGUAUACGAGUUAUCUAAGGACUCAAGAUGAACAUAAAUUAGAAAUAUCUGAACGAUUAAAGUCUUUAAUACCGAAAGUUUUUGACAAUGGAAUAAUGCGUGAUGAACUUUGAAUGUCCAGAUUUUGAAACGAUUCUCAAGAAGUUUUAUUUUAAUGGGAAAAAUGUUUUGUGCCAAAACAUAAAUUAUUUUGUUUCUGUUUAAGGAAUUCUAUUAAACUUAGUAAAUACAAAAGCCUGUAUUUGUAUUUUUCAAGUUGAAUUAUUUACAGAAAUUUGCGAUGUGUCAACAUUGUAUUUUAUUUAAAAAAUUGAUUUAUUAUGAGAAUGCUUCUGUGAAGGUUGCAACAUCUGUACGCUUUAGUUCUUUGAUAAAUGAAACUAUAAAUCAAUUUGAUGACAAAGAACAAUUAAUGAAAUUAUUAAAGUUAAUAUAAUAUAUAUUUUGAAGUGCUUGCAUUGUUUUAAACUCCACUGUCAUAUAAUA